AUUGAGUAUAAUUUAGAGAUGUGUCUUUUCGCUGUCCGGGUGUUUUUGGGAGUCCUUCUCUGUGCACCGUACCAGUGCUUGGAGUGUCCUUUUGGCUGCCAGUGUUUUGCUGUCACUCGCACAGUAAAAUGUGUUUCUAAGGAUCUGCUCACAGUGCCACAAAGUAUUCCAGGGUAUGCUAAGACUGUCAUCAUCACAGGAAAUAAUAUACACCAGAUUGGACCUGAUUCCUUUACAGAUAUGGAGAAUGUCACCAACAUCAUUUUAAGCAAGAAUAGGAUUACAGAGAUGGCGUCCCACAGCUUCUCUGCCCUCAUCAACCUGCGCUUCCUGGACCUCAGUGAGAACCAACUGGCCCUCAUUCACCCCGAAGCUCUCAGCAUACCUGGUGGUCCCCUUCAGGAGCUCAACCUGAGCCGCUCGCUGCACAACUUCACCGCCCUGACGGACCUCGCCACGGCUCUGCGCUGGGGUGAUCUCAGGGGGCUCCUCCGCCUCGACCUCUCUGGGAACCACCUCGCCCUGCUGCCCCCUGGGAUGUUCUCCCACCUUCCCGACCUGCAGCAGCUCUUCCUCGCCAACAACUCUCUGGUGGCUGUCUACGGCGGAACCUUCUCUGGUAUGAACCGCCUGGAGCUGCUGGACCUUACGCGCAACGUCUUCAGUACAUUCGGGGCUGAUGCUCUACAAGAGCUGGAGAAGCUUGGGAACAUCAGAAUCCUUCUUGGGGACAACCCUUACACCUGCUCCUGCGAGAUCAGUCAUUUUGUGGCCUGGCUGAACGAAUCGAGAGCUCAGGUGGACGUGGAUGCUGUAAGGUGCGCCUCACCAGGAGGGCUUAGUGACACCCAGCUGCGAGGGCUCGGCGUCCAUGCCAUUGGAUGUGUUGGUCCAGUCCAAGCAGAGGUGGCUGACCUCACCCUGCAGACAUCCUAUGUCUUCCUCGGGCUGGUGCUGGGGUUUGUGGGCAUGGUCUUUCUCUUUGUGCUCUACCUGAAUCGCAAAGGUAUGAAGAAGUGGAUCAUUGAAAUGAGAGACGCAUGUCGGGAUGUCCUGGAGGGAUAUCGCUACCGAUUCGAGAUUGACUCGGACCCUCGGCUGGGGCACAGCUCUGCAGAGAACGGUGGCAGCCGGGCGCGAGGGAAUUUAGGAUUAGGGCUGCCACAUGACACUUGUAUUGUCAAGCUUCCUGCAGACACACAGGUCAAACAGCUGACAAUCUCUUCCGCCUGUGAACCUAUGAUCUUCUCCUAAAACUAGAAGCAUUUGAGGAAGAUGUAUGUGAAUAGUUAGUUAGCUGGUAGAUAUACGGUGUUUUUGAGCUUCCUGUACAUCCUGCAGUUAUAACAGAUAAAUCCUACCUUAAAAGUGCCUUUGUGUUUUCCAGGCACUAAAUUGACUUUAAUAUUGUAUGUUUAUCAGACAUUUUCUAAAAAAUAUAAUACAUAGGCUACAUUGAAAAUAUAUAUAUACCUUCUAUACGUCUCAGUUUUUGUCAACUGUGGUUUCUUAGCUUUUUGGCAGUAUCAUGACUUUAAAUAUCUUAUACUGAAGAAGACCGCCUGAAACAUAAAAGACAUAAAUGGUAGCUUAAUGGCAUGACAAAUGUAUGUAGACCUAUACAAAUUUAACCCAUAGACACCCAGUCAGUUUUAUUUAAUAAGAUUAAUCCUUUAAUUAA